AUGCAGCCCCCGGGCCUCGAGGGGCUCCUGGCUCCGGGCGGCUUCGCAGGCGUCCAAGCCAAGGGGCUGCUGCCUCCUCCUCCUCCGGCCGCCCCGACCCUCCCCGGGUCUUCGCCUCCCCCCGGGAUGAACCCCGGGUACCCCCCGGAGGCUCCCCCGGAGCCGCCCAAGGCCCCGCCGGGCGCCGCAGCCUCUGCCCCGCUGCCCUACGGUUACUUCGGCAGCGGGUACUACUCGUGCCGCGUGUCCCGCAGCUCGCUCAAGGCCGGCCCGGCGCAGGGACCUUUCCCCGCAGAGAAAUACCUGGAGUCCGCCGGGGGAAGCGAGGAUUUCCAGAGCCGUCCCGCGGAGUUCGCUUUCUACCCCGGUUACGGCGCGCCCUACCAGCCCGUGGCCGGCUACCUGGACGUGUCGGUGGUGCCCGCGCUGGGCGAGCCGCGGCACGAGGCUCUGCUGCCCGUGGAUGGGGGCUACCACCAGCCCUGGGCGCUGGGAGGGGGCUGGAGCGGGCAGAUGUGCUGCCCCAAGGAGCAGGGCCAGCCCGGCUUCCUCCUGAAAUCCGCCUUCGCAGAGCCGGCAGGGCCGUGUCCCCAGGAGGGCUGCGCCUUCCGGCGGGGCCGCAAGAAGCGAGUGCCCUACAGCAAGGGGCAGCUGAAGGAGCUGGAGAAGGAGUACGCCAGCAGCAAAUUCAUCACCCGAGACAAGAGGAGGAAGAUCUCGGCCGCCACCAACCUGAGCGAGCGGCAGAUCACCAUCUGGUUCCAGAACCGCCGCGUCAAGGAGAAGAAAGUGGUGGCCAAAAUCAAAAACAGCGCCGGCGGCACGCCCUGA